AUGCGCAGCGUUGCCGAUGGAAUUGGUUAUGCAGGGAGUGCUGAAGCUGCUGCGGAUUUAGGAAGCAUCAAAUCAUGUGAUAAUGAUCCGCAACUUUGGAUGUGUCUUCGCUGUGGGUUAUAUUGCUGUGGAGUGCACCGAAAGUCGCAUUAUGACAACUCGAGAAUGUCUGGUGUUGGCACAGACGAUAAAAUAAAUGGGGGCCACCGUAUCUUUUUUGCCGUGAAACCGAGAUGGGGGACGGAUGUGAACUCACCUGCCGUUGGUGCACCGUUGCCGACAGUUACGAUAAACUUGUGUCAAGUCGAAUCACCUGAGAGGCGUACCGUAACGAUGAAUAACUUGAAGGUUUCAAAGGUUUCAUUUGAAAAGGUAGGGACGUAUGGCAUUAUAUCGUGUGUGGAAUGCCAUGAAGACCCGAUCAAGUUGCCUGUGCGGAACAGCUUACCAUGUUUAGGGGUUGACUUGAUAACUCUUUGCGAAAAUGUAGCGAAGGUGUUACACUGCGUCGAGAGAAACAUUUCUUUGGCUCCUGAUUACGACGAAGGCUCGUUCGGGGCUCCCCGUGCUCGCGGCGUACUGGAUUCAGGAAUUGCAACAGACACGAGGCGUCAAAACAGCAACUAUGAAACGUAUUCUUAUGUGGAGACGAAUAAGCAGGCCAACUCACGUGCAGCAACCUCUUCUAACAGUCGUUGCGUGAGAGCACGGGCGGGCACACUAGUGGAGGCUUGUAUCUCCGGCUUUGAAAAUCGGCGCAACACAUGUUAUUUCAACUCCGUUCUCCAAUGUAUUCUUCAAUGCAAUACCUUUAUUGAUUUUAUGAUCCGUCAAAAAUUCACCGGUUCACACACGUUGGUGCAUCAUAUGUCCGAAAUGAUAGGGUUUAUGAAGAGCGGCCCGUGCGCAGGUGAUAGACAAGGUAUCGUGGAUGGCCUUGCCCGUGCUUUGAUGGGCAGUUUAUCUGAAAUUGUUCCAAUGUUUGGUGACGGGGAUCAACAGGACAGUCAGGAACUCUUCAUUACGCUGAUCAAUGGUAUCGCUGAUGAGUUAGAUAAGGGUAAAAGUGAAGAAGAAAAGAAAGGGAGUCAACGUGUCCCUUUCGAAGGUAUGCUCUGUACUACAGUAACAUGCAGAGGGUGUAAAAACCAAGUCAAACGGGAUGAAGUGUUCAUGGCGCUUUCAAUACCCGUUACGAACAGCGUUGAAGAUAGCCUUGAAAAACUUUUCGAAAGAUCGACACUUAACGGGGAUUCUCAGUACGCCUGUGAAGUGUGCUUUAACAAACUAUCUCCUGCGGAGCAAACGAAGAAAAACAACGAUAUUCGUGCGGAGAACGAGGCACGGAAGCUCAGGAAGAAAGCAAAUGCGGAAGCAAAGAGUCUCAACUGUCUCUACCAAGACGCAGACGUGGAAACAUCAAUCGGGAGAUUUAAUGGAUCACUCGCGUUACACUUACUACGGUUCAAGUGCGACGACCGUGGCGUAUACAAAGUUCCUGGCGCAGUUUCUUUCCCAAAAAGACUGAACCUUAGUAAGUAUAUAGUGGGCAGUGCGGCAAGCGGAUGUGGGGACACGAAAAUGCCGCAAACGAUCGUCCAAACAAAUGUGAACACACAUCGUAGUGUUUCCCGACCCAGCAAUUCGCUGGUACAUGUUUCCGGUGGCGAUGGCUGUACGAGUAGCGUGGAGGAGAGUACUGACAACCGACGGAGUCAGUUGGACUUGGAGCUCGUCGGCAUAAUCUCGCAUGUUGGUUCACUUCACGGUGGGCAUUAUGUUGCUCAUGUACGGAGCCAUACCAAACCAUCCAUGUGGUUCUACUGCGACGAUGAAGAAAUUUAUACUGUGGAUGAAUCAAGUGUGUUUGAACGCGAGCAGGGUGUAUAUAUGCUCUUCUACGACCAGCUUUACCAUUAA